UCCACAGACAACAGCGGGGAACACGAGUCGCCGGGUAGCAACCACUGCACCAACCAUAGCAACCACCAUUUCCCCGGCACCACAGCGGGUCAUUGGGUUAGCUCUGACCAGGGCGAAGAGGCCAUUCGCAGGAAAUUGAAGUACUUCUUUAUGAGUCCAUGUGACAAAUACCACGCUAAGGGACGCAAACCCAUCAAGCUGAUACUUCAGCUGCUCAAGAUCAUCAUUGUCACUGCUCAGUUGGUGCUGUUUGGCCUUAGCAACCAUGUGGUGGUAACUUUCAAGGAGGAGAACACCAUGACGUUCAAAUAUCUUUUCCUCAAAGACUUUGACGAGUCAUCUGACACUUCUCUUGCCGUGUACACACAACAAGAUGUCUAUGAGCAUAUCUUCUACGCUGUGGACCAGUAUCUGGCUCUGCCUGAGACCACAGUGGGACGCUACGCAUACGUCUACGGCGUCGGUGUGAAUGGGAGUGCUCUGUCCCUCUGCCAGCAGUACUACAAGAGGGGCCGCAUCGAUCCCGCAAACGAUACCUUCAGCAUUGAUCCGCGCAUCAUCACAGACUGCAUCGGAGUGAACCCCAUGUCUGAGCCCCCAGUGCCGCUCACCGCCUCCUACAAGAACUUUACACUCAAGUUUCACAAGUUUAUCAAUGUCACCAUUGAGUUUCAACUAAAAGCCAUCAACGUGCAGACCAUUAUCAACAAUGAGAUCCCUGACUGCUACACUUUUUAUAUCAAGAUCGUACUGGACAACAAAGCUCACAGCGGCAAAGUGAAAAUAAGACUGGAGAACCAAGCGUCCAUAAAGGAGUGCAAGGACCCUAGUGUGUCUGGGCAGGCUGAGAACUACACCCGCGUGGCUUUCGAUGUCGCUGUGGCUCUCGUGUGCACGCUGUCUUUGGUACUAUGUGGACGGUCCAUACUCCGAGGCAUCAUACUUCAGCAAGAGUUUGUGCAGUUCUUUAAGGACAACCUGAAUCGCAAAGUGUGCUGGGCCGACCGUCUGGAGUUCAUCAACGGCUGGUACAUCCUCCUAAUUGCCAGCGACAUCCUCACCAUCAUUGGAAGUGUCAUCAAGAUUGGCAUUGAGUCCAAGAAUAUGUCUUCCUAUGAUCUAUGCGGAAUCCUCUUAGGGACCUCCACCCUCCUAGUGUGGGUGGGGGUUAUCCGCUACCUCACUUUCUUCCAGAAGUACAACAUUCUAAUCGUCACUCUCAGAGCAGCCUUCCCCAACGUGAUUCGCUUCUGUUGCUGCGUGGCCGUCAUUUAUCUGGGCUACUGCUUCUGUGGCUGGAUCGUGCUGGGACCGUACCAUGUCAAGUUCCGCUCGCUGUCCAUGGUGUCAGAAUGCCUCUUCUCCCUCAUCAACGGCGACGACAUGUACGUGACCUUCUCGGGAAUGCAGGAGAGCAGCACGUUAGUGUGGCUCUUCAGCCAGGUGUACCUGUACACCUUCAUAUCGCUCUUCAUCUACAUGGUGCUGUCGCUCUUCAUAGCGCUCAUUACUGGAGCUUAUGAAGCCAUCAAGCAUCAAACCCAGGAGCCCAUCCACAUAACAGACCUGCACGCGUUCAUCGCGGAGUGCACCGACGCGCCAAGCUCCGGGAAGUUCAGGGGCCUCGAGACAUCGCCGUGCUCCUUUUUCUGCUGUUGCGACAGGAUGACAACGUACGAGGACGUCCUGCUAGUAAACUGA